GUUCCGUACCCUCCUCCUCCUCCUCGGGUGAGGGCAGCUGCCAAUUUACGGACAACAACGUUUGAAGAAGUCAUUGGCCGAAGGUGGACCACUGCCCUACAAAUGAAACCUGUGUCUGAUGGAGGGGACGAUUUAGCACAAGAACUGGGAUUUUAUUCUUCCUCUGGGUUCAGUUAAUAAACUUCAGGACACAUCUCCCUCUCUCCAUUAGACCCUCUGUAACCUUUACACCGUGGCAAUAUAAGCUGAAAUAAUGGAUAAAUCAAGAUACAAGCAGCAGUUAGCAUUCAGCCUCCUGCUUGGGUUAUGGUUGCCUUACUGUUUAACUCAAACUACACCGUCAAACACCGUCACGUCAAAGCCCACACUGACACCGACACCAUCCCCAUCCCCCCGGCCCGAAAGACUAAAGGUCAGACUGUCUGGAUAUCCUCGAAAACACAACGAGGGACGGAUAGAGCUGUUCUACAAGGGAGAGUGGGGAACCAUCUGUGAUGACGACUUCACGAUAGCUAACGCCCACGUACUUUGCCGCCAUCUGGGCUUCGUCUCAGCCACAGGAUGGACCCACAGUGCUAAAUAUGGCAAAGGCCAAGGAAAAAUCUGGCUGGACAACGUGCAGUGUCACGGAGGUGAGAAGAGCAUCGAAUUCUGCAAGUCCCGUGGCUGGGGCAACAGCGACUGCACUCACGAUGAAGAUGCCGGAGUUGUCUGCAAAGAUGAGAGGAUACCCGGCUUCGUGGACUCGAAUGUUAUUGAUGCACAAGUUGAUCAGAACAAAGUAGAAGAGGUGCGACUCAGGCCAGUGGUUGGCGUGGCCAAAAAGAAGCUGCCCAUCACGGAAGGUGUGGUGGAGGUGAAAUACAAAGAUGGCUGGGCACAGAUCUGCGAUGUAGGCUGGACAGCCAAAAACACCCGCGUGGUCUGUGGCAUGCUGGGGUUCCCUCAUGAGAGGAAGGUCAACAAAAACUUCUACAGGUUGUAUUUGGAACGUCAGAAGAACAACUUCCUUCUUCACUCUGUGGCAUGUACAGGUACAGAGGUCCAUCUGGCCGCCUGUCCGCUGGAAUUCAACAAGCCAAACGCCACAUCCUCCUGCACAGGCGGCAUGCCGGCUGUCAUUAGCUGCAUGCCGGGGCCGCUGUUCAUGCAAAACAGCGGUUUGAAAAAGAAACUGAAAAUUUCGACCAAUGUGAGGCUGAAGGGAGGUGCCAAGGUAGGCGAGGGUCGGGUCGAGGUGCUGAAAGACAACGUGUGGGGGACUGUGUGCGACGACCGCUGGAAUCUGCUGUCGGCCAGCGUUGUCUGCAGGGAGCUCGGCUUUGGCAGCGCCAAGGAGGCUCUCACCGGUGCUCGCAUGGGUCAAGGAAUGGGUCCAAUCUACAUGAAUGAGGUGAAGUGCCUCGGGCAGGAGAGGUCCAUCUGGGACUGCCCCGUUAAAAACAUCACAUCAGAGAACUGCCAGCACUCGGAGGACGCUGCUGUUCGCUGCAACGUGCCUUACAUGGGCCUCGAGACCUCGAUCCGAAUCACAGGAGGACGAACCCGCUAUGAGGGCCGUGUCGAGGUGCUGACCUCAGACCCUAAUGGGACACAGAGCUGGGGUCUGAUCUGUGGUGAAAACUGGAGCACCAAGGAGGCCAUGGUGGCCUGUAGGCAACUGGGCUUGGGCUACGCUAACCAGGGCCUGCAAAUCCGGAUAGUGGGCGGCCGGAGCAGUUAUGAGGGCCGGGUGGAGGUUCAGGUUGGGUCCAAGUGGGGCACAGUGUGCAGCACAGGCUGGACCACAAAGGAAGCCAUGGUGGUUUGCAGGCAGCUAGGGCUCGGCUACUCCAUGCAUGCCAUCACUGAAACCUGGUACUGGGACAGCAGUAAUGUGACAGACAUGGUGAUGAGCGGUGUGAAGUGCAUGGGAAAUGAGAUGGCUCUGAGUCAGUGCCAGUACCACAAAACUGUCAGCUGCCAGAGAGCGGCAGCAAAGUUUGCAGCGGGAGUAAUCUGCUCAGAGACGGCCUCUGACCUCGUCCUGAAUGCAUCUCUGGUUGAGCAGACAGUUUAUAUCGAGGAUCGCCCUCUGCACAUGCUCUACUGCGCUGCAGAGGAGGACUGCCUGUCUAAAUCAGCUGCGAAGGCCAACUGGCCAUACGGACACCGGCGCUUGCUCCGUUUCUCCUCUCAGAUUCACAACAUCGGCCGCGCUGACUUCAAGCCAAAGGCUGGACGGCACUCGUGGGUGUGGCACGCCUGUCACGGCCACUACCACAGUAUGGAUAUAUUUACCCACUAUGAUUUGCUGAAUGCCAACGGUACCAAAGUGGCAGAGGGACACAAAGCCAGUUUCUGUCUGGAGGACACAGACUGUCAAGAAGGCAUUUCUAAACGAUACGAGUGCGCCAAUUUUGGCGAUCAGGGCAUCACCGUGGGCUGCUGGGAUUUGUACCGUCAUGACAUUGAUUGCCAGUGGAUUGACAUCACAGACAUCAAACCUGGAAAUUACAUUAUGCAGGUUGUAAUCAAUCCAAACUAUGAAGUGGCUGAGAGCGACUUCACCAACAACGCCAUGAAGUGCAACUGCAAGUACGACGGACAUCGGAUCUGGUUCCACAACUGCCACAUUGGGGAUGCAUUGAGCGAGGAGGCAGAGAGGAGAUUUGAGAAAUAUCCCGGACAGCUGAAUAACAAGAUUUCUUAAUCGCCAGUAACUUCCCAGCAACUUAAAAACCAAAGCUGGAAUAAAGAUACACCUCACUAACUCAGAAAGAAAGACACAAACCUUUUGUCUUCAGGUGCUAAAACGGAUCCCCACCACAUAUCUCUAGAUUUGUAGUCACUGAAGCAGCGAGCGUGUGCUCUACGUGUGAAUUAUUUUACUUGAAUAUUCAAGUGGUAAUUUUUCGUGUAGUCUGAGGUGAGUGCGUGCUAUAUUUUUACUGCAAAUUAAAAUUUUAUAAAGUCAGUGAGACAGUCUCCUGUGUAUGAUCGACCUUUUAUAUUCUGUUCCGUUUAUGAGUUAUGACUGGGUUUUUUACAUUUUUUUAAUCACCACAAAGAGAAAAGCUUCAGUGUUUUUGCAGAUAUAUAUAUAUAUAUAUACAGAGAUGCUUUUAAACAGCUUGUUUAAGUAAUAACAUCUGCCUUCAUGUUUACAGUAUUUUGUGAAUGUAUUUAUUGCCAACAUGGAGGUACUAAAGAAUCAUUCUGGGUCAACAGCAGUAUUUGGACCAGUUUGAAGCCAUCGUUAACUUUAGUGCACACACGUACUUUAAUAAUCUUUGACAGAUUAAUGGGCAAAGGCCAAAGAAAGCUACAGUUACAGUUAGAUUUGUUGUAUUUACUCUGAUGUAAUCACACCUGCUGCACCAAAUAAAACAGAGAAAAACCUCCUGA